AUGGCUUACUUAGGAUCAUUUCUGCUAACUUACGACGGGUAUUAUGAUAGAGACUCGCGACUGGCUUUUCUUUCGGAACACAUUGGGAUAAUUAUUUAUAGUGUGGAGAAUAGACCUAACGUGCUAAGCGAUUUUGAUGUAGUCGAGUUCAAUCAGACCGAUACGGAAUAUGUUAGGGAGGCGGUUAAAAGACUUCCACGCAUUCGUCGUAUUUCAGAUAACACAAAAUUUACGUCGUUCAACCGUACCCGGCAAUUAAAAGCAAGACGUGGAACUUUGGGGAAGCUUGAAAUCUACCAGAUCACCAGUUACUUGAAUGCGAGCAAAUUGUGGGAUAUGGUAAUUCCCUUGAAAUGUUCACUAUUAUUUGGUUCCUCAAAAUGGGUUUUUUUAGGACAGGGUGUGAGAGUUGCAGUUUUUGACACCGGUCUUGCUGAAAAUUAUCCUCACAUACGCCAUAUAGCAGAAAGAACAGACUGGACUAAUGAACAAACGGCUGAUGACGGUCUUGGUCACGGAACAUUUGUCACGGGUGUUAUUGCCAGUUCUAAUCCUAAAUGCUUGGGCUUUGCACCAGCUGCUAGUGUAUAUGUAUAUAAAGUUUUUACCAAGAAACAAAUUUCUUAUACGUCUUGGUUCCUUGAUGCAUUUAACCACGCUAUACUGCGAAACAUUAAUGUUUUGAACUUGAGUAUCGGGGGUCCCGAUUUCACUGACCUCCCUUUCAUGGAUAAGGUUUGGGAGUUAACGGCUAAUGGGAUUAUACUGAUUUCUGCAAUUGGUAAUGAUGGUCCGAGAUUUGGAACUUUAAAUAACCCUGCGGACCAAAUGGACGUCAUAGGGGUGGGCGGUAUAAAUGCUGAUUCAAAAAUUGCUCAUUUCUCUUCUCGAGGUAUGACUACGUGGGAGUUACCAGGGGGUUAUGGCAGACUGAAACCAGAUAUUGUGACAUAUGGGGCAUCUGUUUACGCUUCUGCCCUUGAUGGAGGAUGUCGGUCGUUAUCAGGCACGUCUGUAGCUUCUCCUGUUGUUGCUGGAGCUGUAGCUUUGAUGUUGAGCGGUAUAAAAGAUCGUCGUUUAUGGAAUCCUGGCGUUGUUAAGCAGGCUUUGAUUGAAGGUGCACAGCGUCUAAACAGCGACGCAUCAAUGUUUGAACAAGGGGCAGGGAAAAUGGAUUUACUGGCGUCAUUCUCAUACUUCCAAAAGUAUCGCGAUUCGAUAACGCUCUUUCCUUCAUAUGUGGAUUUUAACGAAUGUUCUUAUAUGUGGCCUUACUGUACACAACCUGUGUAUUUCACUGCAAUUCCUACGAUAAUUAAUCCAGUUUGGGAACCAUUCCUGGAAGAAAAAGGGGAAUUGUUGAAUAUUUCCAUAAGCCAUUCAAAUUUGUUAUGGCCUUGGUCUGGAUACAUAUCGCUUGCGAUUAUGGUUACCGAAGAGGGAAAGAAUUUUGAGGGCACUGCUGGCGGUCGCAUUAUCGUCACUAUUACAAGCAUAUCUGAUGGCAUAAGGAAAAGCUCGACUGCUGUUUUCUACUUAAGAGUCAAGGUUGUGCCGACACCACCUAAAAGUCAACGAAUUUUAUGGGAUCAGUAUCGCAAUAUGCGUUAUCCUCCAGGGUAUUUUCCACGUGAUGAUUUAAGAGACAAAGCAAAUCCUUUAGACUGGACUGCUGAUCAUCCUCACACGACCUUUAAGGGGCUUUAUUAUCAAUUAAGAAGCAAUGGUUACUAUGUUGAAGUUUUGGGUGAGCCACUAAUGUGUGUCAAUUUGUCGUAUUAUUCAGUAUAUAUUAUCGUGGACCCAGAAGAAGAAUUUUUCCCUGCUGAACGGACCCGGCUUUUUGAAUAUGCUGAAGAGCACGGUCUAAAUAUCAUAAUUUUUGCGGACUGGUUUAAUUCUAGUAUAGUUGAGAAGAUUCGUUUUUUAGACGAGAAUACAAAGCAGUGGUGGCAGCCGGAGACUGGUGGGAGUAACAUUUUGGCGUUGAAUGAACUUUUGUCGCUUUGGAAUAUUUCUUUAGGGACUCAGGUUUUUGAUGGCACUUUUCAAUUUGGUGAUUCAGUUAUUAAAUAUUCUUCGGGUUCUUCGAUCGUUAAGGCUCCUUCAAACACUUUAGUAUUGUCUGCGAACUUGACGGAUAUUGCAAGUGUUUGCCUCAUGCAAUUUUUUGUCGGUGAGGAACUAAUUAAUGAAAAGCGUCCGUUGGUCGUUAGGGAAGCAGUUGUGUUUGCGCUCGCCGGUUUUGUCGGCGUUUUCGGAGAUAGCACGUGUUUGGAAGAUGUUGACUCAGUAGAAAGCAAAAAUUGCUUGUCUGUUAUGGAAGCAUUGCUCAGUACAGCUCAAGAAAAGUUUUUAGAUCCAUCUUUAGAAAACCAGUUGAAGAAGGUAGUAUUUGCUUUUACUGAUGACGGACUUCCUCUUUAUCGGAGCGUUCCAGUUUGCAAAAAUUAUCCCCCAGUCAUUUCUCAUCAAGUAUUGAAUGGGAUUUUACCGGUCGAUUUUAAUGCUGAAAGGAAGAUCCAAACGAGAUUGAAUUUGAUUAGUGAGAAGUUAGGUGCCAGUUCCGAUACUUUCCAAGUACAGAUACUGCAAGAAAUUUUUGGCACUCGAAAGUCAGAUGAAGAAGUUAUAACUGAUAAUGUGCUUUGGAAGAACACUCGACACAAUGUUAAACAGCUAAACUUUUUGGCUCUCUUUGAACGGGUUUUAGAGAAGUCAACUUCAUGA